GUGACUCGAAAGCGCUAAGCGGCUCGCCGGGUCGGACUGUAGGUCGGACAGAAAUUAGAUUGGGACGAUGUUGGGUGCAUACCCGGUGAACUUACGGUGCACGAUUAUUCCAUUUGGAUAGAGCUCUGUAGUUUGGAGAAGCUUGAAAAUCUUGAACUGUGAGCUUCUGCGCAGAGUAUAGCUCAACACCCAACUCCUUCUGUGCGUGAGUGCGUGCGUAAAUGAGUAGAGCGACCACCAUGUCUGCGGACGAAACUACCACUUUCUGCAACCUGAACGGUUUCGAGACGAAAACACCGUUCCUCAUCGGCGUCGCCGGCGGCACGGCCUCUGGAAAAACAACAGUGUGCCGCAAGAUCAUGGAAAAGGUGCGCUGCGUGGGCCAGAGCCGCCUGGUCUGCCUGCAUCAGGACAGCUUCUACCGGGAGCUGCAUCCCCACGAGAGGGAGCUGGCCAACAGGGGGCGCUUCAACUUCGACCACCCCGGUGCGUUUGAUGACCAGCUUAUGGUCUCAACCCUGAAAGACAUCCUGCAAGAGAAGGUGGUCCAGGUUCCAGUCUAUGACUUCAUCACCAACUCGAGGCGGAAGGACGAGUGGACGACGGUCUCCCCCGCAGUGGACGUGGUGCUGGUCGAGGGGUUGCUGCUCUUCUACUUCCCCGAAGUGCGCGACAUGUUUCACAUGAAACUGUUCGUGGACACGGACCCGGACACGCGCCUCGCACGCAGGGUGCUCAGGGACGUGAAGGAGCGAGGGAGAGAUUUGGAAAAGAUCCUUCACCAGUACACCACGUUUGUGAAGCCUUCUUUCGAAGAGUUCUGCCUACCGACAAAGAAGUAUGCUGAUGUGAUUAUCCCACGAGGUGCUGAUAACGAAGUGGCCAUCGACCUGAUUGUGCAGACGGUGCAAGACCUGGUGCACCAGUCGCGACCCAGCCGCCCGGGCGGGACACAAGGGGAGGCAAUCCCCCCACGUCGGCCAGACUCGCAGCUUUCGACGCACCCACACUAGGACCGCCCACACCCUCACUGUUGCCCACAAUACACAGCUUAUUCCCCACUGGA